UGCCCGCCGGCGCAGCCCGUGCGCCCCGUCGCCGUUCCCCCCGCCGCUCGGCGGGGCGGGAAGAUGCGGAGCAAGGGCAGGAAGGAGAGCCUGUCCGACUCCCGCGACCUGGACGGCUCCUACGACCAGCUGACGGGCAACCCGCCAGUCCAAACUAAAAAAGCGCUGAAGCAGCGAUUCCUCAAACUGCUGCCGUGCUGCCGGCCCAAAUCCAUCCCCUCGCUCAGUGAAAGCAAUGUUGAGGAUGAGUUUGAGCUCUCCACCGUCUGCCACCGCCCCGAGGGGCUGGAGCAGCUCCAGGAGCAGACCAAGUUCACCCGCAAAGAGCUGCAGGUCCUGUACCGAGGCUUCAAGAAUGAGUGCCCAAGUGGCAUUGUCAAUGAAGAAAACUUCAAGCAGAUCUAUUCACAGUUCUUCCCUCAAGGAGACUCCAGCACCUACGCCACCUUCCUCUUCAACGCCUUUGACACCGACCACGACGGCUCCGUCAGCUUUGAGGACUUUGUGUCUGGGCUGUCCACCAUCCUGCGGGGCACCAUUGAUGAUCGCCUGAACUGGGCCUUCAACCUCUAUGACCUGAACAAAGAUGGCUGCAUCACCAAAGAGGAAAUGCUGGACAUCAUGAAGUCCAUCUACGACAUGAUGGGCAAAUACACCUACCCGGCCAUGAGGGAGGAAGCACCCCGGGAGCACGUGGAGAACUUCUUCCAGAAAAUGGACCGGAAUAAGGAUGGCGUGGUGACAAUCGAGGAGUUCCUGGAGUCCUGCCAGAAGGAUGAGAACAUCAUGCGAUCCAUGCAGCUCUUCGACAGUGUGAUUUAGCUCCCUGCCUGGACCUGCCUCCAGAUGAGCUCUCCUGA